AAGCCAAAAGAGACGAUCACUAAUUUGCUACAUAAAAAAUAUAUAUACGAGGGAAUGGACGAAACUUCGUCCAUGUUUCCUCCUCAGUGGUGGUGAUCAAACACGGUAAAUUCGAAGGAAAGUGCUAUUUCCUCUCUAUCUCAAAUAUGUAUAAAUACAGGCAGUGACAUCAAUCUGAUACUCAAGAAUAAACUGACAACGUUCAAAACUACCUCUUUUUGUCCCCCACAAAAAAAAAAAAAAAUCAAUAAUGAGCGACACUUCAGAAGCAAGUUUCAAUGCUGUCGAGUCGCCACUACUUCCCACUCGAGCCCAGAAGAGGUGCCAAGUCCAGAAGAGGUGGCGAGUCAUAUCUAUCACCGUCCGGAGCAUCAGACGCUUCUCUUCUGUAAAAGAGGAAGUAGUAGUCAACGACGGAGUAGAGUUGACACCCAUAGUUUUCGAUGCCCAGAAGAGGUUGCGGGCAUUUUGGACAACGCUCUAUAGCAUCAAUGCCUUCUGUCGAGCAAAAGAUAUUGCACCUGGGAACCAAAGCGGGCUGUUGGACAAUCCUUUACCAUCUCCGUUUGAUACAGUUAUCGAUGUUAUGCCAGAACGCUUAUCUGAGCCUACUCCCGUGAAAAAAAUUGUUACACCAGAAUGCCUAUCUGAGCUUGCCCGCCACAAAAACAUCGAGCAGCUUCAUCAGCUUGGAGGCGUUCCAGGAGUUGCCUCAUAUCUCAAAUCCGAUGCUGAAAGCGGUAUCCAAGGUGAUGAUGAGGAAAUUGCACGUAGGCGCCAUAACUUUGGUUCAAACACUAUCCAGAAGCCAACUCCAAAAACUUUACCCAUUGUGCUUGAGACCGUCAGAGAUCCCAUCAUUAUUAUCCUACUUGUCUGUGCAACACUUUCAGUCUGUUUUGGUAUAACACGUCAUGGGCGGAGAGGAUGGUCUGAUGGGGGAAGCAUAUUUGUCGCUGUCAUUCUUGUGAUCAUGGUGACUGCCACGAGUAACCUCUGGCCAAGAAGACAAUUCUUUAAGCUAUGGAAAGCUCGUGACAAAUUCUCAGUCUCCGUCAUCAGAAAUGGGCAACAGAUGCGCAUCUCAGUGUUUGAAGCCGUUGUUGGGGAUAUUAUUUGUUUGAAGACUGGAGACCAAGUUCCUGCUGAUGGCUUAUUCAUAGAUGGGAACCCUUUACAGGUGAACGAGUCAUGCAUCGCAGCUUGGAGGGAAUCAGUCGAAAUCAAUGAAAGCUGUAAUCCAUUCUUUCUCUCUGGCACGAAGGUGAUCAACGGUUCUGCUCGAAUGCUUGUGACUGCAGUCGGCAUCAACACAGAAUGGGGGAAGAUGCUGAGCUCAAAAAGCUAUGAUAUUGAGGAAAGAACUCCAUUACAAAGGAAGCUACGUGAGCUGACGAUACAAAUAUCUAAAGUCGGUUUAAUGGUUGCUUCCUUGGUGCUGGUAGUACUGCUUGUUCGUUACUUUGUCGGGAAUAUGCGGAAUGAGGAUGGAAAAUCAGACUUCACUGCAGGGAAGACAAAUAUCCAUGAAGUCUGCAAUGAUCUGAUAGGGAUCCUAGCCACCCCAGUUGCUAUUGCUGCAACUGCCAUCCCUGAAGGUUUGCUCCUAGCUGUCAUGAUAACCAUUGCUUACUCAACCAACAGGAUGGCAUCUCAAAAGGCACUAGUAAGAAAUCUUUCAGCCUGUGAAGCAGUUGGUUCCGCAGAUGUAAUCUGCACAGAUGAAAGAGGAAGUCUUACCUUGAAUCAUCUGAUAGUAAGCCAAUUUUGUUUCGACAACAAGCUUCUCAAUGCAGGAACUUCCUCAAUCAUCCCAAGAAAUGUUCUUGGACUGCUCCGUGAAGGUAUGCUUUUAAGAAGCACUGAAGCCUCAUCAGGAUCUCCCAUUGAACUUUUUGAGAGUCAAGUUCACAGUACAAUUCAGGCGUGGAGUGUCCAAGAUAUGGGAGUCAAUGUUGAACAAGUUCGAGCAAAUUGUGCCGUUCACAGUCCAGAAAGCUUCAAUUCUGAGAACACUCAAAGUAGCAUAUGGAUCAAGAGGAAUACCAGUGAUACUAUUCAUGUGCACCAGAAAGGCCAACCAAAAAUCAUACUGGCCACGUGCUCGCAAUAUUAUGAUGAAGAUGGGAUCGUCCAACCUAUGUCUAUUGAUGCAAAAAGAAACUUGGAGCAAAUAUUUCAGAAGAUGAAGUCUAAUGGUCUCAGUUGCGUAGCUUUUGCACAUAAAGAAGUGUCAGAAGAACAUAGUGAUGAAAACUCAGCUUUCAUAGGGUGCCUAGGCUUGAAAUGCCCAUGUCGGCCAGAGGUACAAAAGGCUGUGAUGGACUGCCGGGAAGCAGAAGUGGACAUCAAACUGGUCACAAGAAAUGAUCUUCCCACUGCUAGAGCCAUAGCCAUUGAAUGUGGUAUUAUUGAUCCAACUCAAGAUGAGACAACAGGAGAAUUAGUGGACCGUCAAAGCUUGCAAAGUAAUGCAGAAACAGAGAUAAAAGAGAAAUGUGGCACAAUCCGUGUGAUGGCACGAGCUUCUACUUUGGAUAAACUUCACAUGGUCCAAGGCUUGAAAGAGAGAGGCCACGUCGUUGCAGUUACUGGACAUAGCAUAGGGGACGCAACUGUGCUAAGGGAAGCUGAUGCAGGUCUCUCUCUGGGAAUUCAAGGGACUAGCCAAGCAAAGGAGAACUCGGAUAUUAUCAUUUUGGAUGAUAAUUUUGUUUCUGUAGCCAGAGUAUUGAGGUGGGGUAGAGGUAUGUAUCACAAAAUCCAGAUGUACGCACAGUUCCAACUUUCUGUUAGCAUUGCUUGUCUUGUGAUAGACUUCGUAACAGCAGUUUCUGCUAAAGAACCUCCAACUAUCAAUAUUGUUGCAGCCAUUUCAUCAGGUAAAGUCCCAUAUGCAGCAUUUCAAGUACUAUGGGUGAAGUUGAUAGUUGGUGCAUUGGCUGCGCUUGCUAUCACCAUUGAGGAACCACCAGAAGAGCUCAGACAAUUGCCACCAGUCAACCAGAAGCGUCCAUUUAUAACCAGCAUCAUGUGGAAGAAUAUAGUGGGACAAGCUGUCUAUCCUAUCAUUGUUCUCCUGACCAUACAGUUCAAAGGUCAAUCAACCUUCAACCUGGAUGCCAAAAUAAAGGACACCAUGAUCUUCAACAUCCUUGUUCUCUGGGAGAUCUUUGUCAUAUUCAACACGAAAAGAGUUGAAGGAAACUUCUUCAAAGGGAUACAUAAAAGGAAAAUGUUUUGGGGUGUAAUCCUAGCGAUAAUUCUACUGCAGGUAUUGAUUGUGGAACUGUUAAAGGAGUUAGCAGAUACAAAGCAACUGUCUUGGAAGCAAUGGAUUGUAUGCAUUGGAAUUGCUGUCCUAGCUUGGCCAAUUGGGUGGCUAGUCGAGAGGAUAAAAUAUCCAUUUUCUUCACAUUUAUAAGCUGCUGGAGUAAAACUCAUAUGGCCCAUCUGAUAAGUAUUUAUUAGCAAAGUUAAUCUUCUGUAAUUUCAACUGUUAGGUUGAGCUAUCUGUAAAUUUUUCUGCUAUUUGCUUAUCUUUAGUAUCCUAGGUACGGAAACAUAGUGGCUUAGAGACCUCAGUAUAGCUUAACCAACCCUUUGCUGUUUUUUAUACCACUUGAGAAAAUAAUCAGGAACAAAUUUCAUUAAUGUCUGAUAUUUUUCAUUUCUCAUGCUCAAUAAUUGACGUUUUACAAAUCAACACCACUGAUGACAUAGGUUUUGCUGUGUAGUCUAUCAUGUUCUACUAGAGGUGCUGUGGAUUACACAGUAAACUGAUAUAAUUAAUGCAUGUGGUGCAUCUAGCACAGCAGUAGUCUAGAGUUGAAAGAGGAAACCAAUUCCUCAAGAUCUAAGUUAACUCCCAGAUGCUAAG